AUGGACAAGAACUCAGCUGCUCUUAUUGAAACAAUAAAAACUUGGCUUGCAACUCAAGAACACCUUCCUGAAAUAACUGACCAUGAAAUUCAUACCUUUCUCCACUCCAACUACUACGACGUGGAGAAAACUAAGUCAACGAUCGAAAAUUACUACACUUUUCGCACCAGUUGUAAGGGCACCUUCAGCGAUCUUGACGUGCUCUCCGAGGAACUGCAAAGCACGAUGGCAGUGGUGGAGAUGAUUUUUCCUCCCCAACCAACACCGGAAGGUUACAAACUUGCCAUUUUUCGAUUUGCGACCACAGAUGCUAGCAAAUUUAAUGUUUAUAGCGCUACGAAAUUUGCGUCGCUUUGUUUGGAUCAGUGGCUGAAAGAGGAUGGCCUGAUCGAAGGACACAUCAUCAUUUACGAUCUGGCCGGGUGUCACCUGGGUCAGCUGGCCAGGUUGAGAUUUUUCCCCGUGAAGAACUAUUUUUACUUCGUUCAGGAAGCUUUGCCGAUUCGUAUGAAAGAAAUGCACUUUGCAAACAUUCCCUCAAUUAUGGAUAAGAUUUUACUUUUUCUGAAGCCUUUCAUGAAGCGUGAACUUCUGGAUGUGAUGCAUUUGCAUACGACAAAUGAAUCUCUACUGAAAGUAAUUCCCGCUAAUUGCCUUCCAAACGAAUACGGAGGCACCGCCGGUCCGUUCAAACAAUUCAAGGAUGAAUUUCAGGCAAAGUUACUUGCAAAUCGAGAUGCCAUUCUUCAAGCAGAGAUGGAACAACGGGUUGAUGAAAGAAAGCGAGCGUCACGUGGCUACGGGUUGUUCAACAUGUUUCGCAAAUAGUGUGAUAAACUAUGGUGCGAGCAACUUAUUACAUAUUACAUAAAUUAAUUGUACAUCGAACAGCAAACAAGGUUGAAUG